AUGGCGGAAUUGGAGUUUCAAAGUAAGCAUAAUAAUAAUCGUACAAGCAACGGACGUUUAAAAUUAUUCGGUUUCAACGUGACGGAGGAUCAAGAACAAGAGGUUGAAUCGACAAAAACGUCGUCAGGAUCGCCGGAAUCCGGCAAUUUUCCGGCCUCAGAUGGCCGGAAAUACGAGUGUCAAUAUUGUUGUAGAGAAUUUGCAAAUUCACAAGCAUUAGGUGGACAUCAAAAUGCUCAUAAAAAAGAAAGGCAACAAUUGAAACGUGCCCAAAUUCAAGCUAGUAGAAAUGCAUAUAUGAGGAACCCUAUUAUAUCCGCUUUCGCGCCACCAUCACACCUCCUCGCUCCCUCAGGAAGUGUGAUGGUGCCCACGACAUCUCCGUCGUGGGUUUACGUUCCCCGCCCCACGCCACCCUUUCACGUGUCGCAUGGUUGUGUGUUCCCGAAUUCUACGGGGGUGCGGGGUGUAGGGAACUUACAAUAUACCGGCAGUGUAGCGGAAUCUAGCUUAACUAGUGUUGGGCCUCAACAAGUUAAGGCCCAUAGUGCUAGAGUUGAUGGGCCGUCAUUGAGUAGAUUUUCGGGUAUGGAUUCUGGACCCAAUUUUGAUGAUGCAUUUGGGCUGGAUUUGCAUCUAAGCCUUUGAAUUAGUUUAAAUUUUAUCAAAAAAUAGGAUCUUGUAUAUCUCAGAUUAUUUAUUUAUUUUUUCACUCAAAGAAAAAAAAAUUCCUUACAUCCAUUUUAUGA